UGUGAGAACGGUCAGCAGUAAGCUACAGCAAUUCACUGGUUAUACGGCCACUAAACACUUCGACCAAGUGGAGGAUAAUGAUAAAAACGAGAACAACCCUCCACCAUUCAUUACACCACCGCCACCAAAUCCUGAUGCAAGAGGAUUAAAGGGCGACAAAGGUGAUAAAGGUGAGAGGGGCGAGAGUGUGCGUGGUUCCCCGGGACCGCCGGGUCCCCCUGGAAAUCUGUACGAUUUAAGUGACGAUGACAAGCGAAUUAAGCCACAAGGACCACCGGGACCGAAGGGUGAACCUGGCACAUGCACUUGCAAUGUAACUGCUUUGAUGACAAGCUUCAUGAUGCCAAAAAUGAUUGCUGGGCCAAAGGGAGAGCCUGGCGUAUCCGGCAAAGAAGGAAAACAGGGGGAACGUGGGUUAACGGGAUCGGCAGGACCACCUGGCGAGCGUGGAUUACCGGGUACGGCUGGCCCUAAAGGCGACAAAGGCGACCUCGGUGUGACAGGACCAGAAGGGCCACAGGGACAAAAGGGUGAGCCAGGCCGAGAUGGUAUAGCUGGAGAAAAGGGGAAUCCCGGACCACCAGGACCACCAGGCAAAGCUGAUGACUUCUCCCCCCACGAGCCUCUUUGGAUUAGACAAGGAAUGUCUCCUGUAUCUAGAGAGGGUAUUACGAUGAGGCCAGGAUUACCGGGACAGAAGGGAGACGCUGGGAUGCCAGGACAUCCUGGACCGAAAGGAGAGAGUGGAAUCACCGGAUCGAAAGGCACGAAAGGAGAACCGGGAUUGAAAGGCAGUAAAGGAGAUCAUGGAAAAGAUGGUGGUCGUGGAGUUCAAGGGUUCAAGGGUGAACCCGGAGCACCAGGUACGCCAGGACUCCCUGGAGCACCGGGAGAAAAUGGUCGACCCGCUGAGAAAGGAGAUAAAGGAGAUUUCGGUCCAGAGGGGAAGCAAGGCCCUCCAGGACCUCCGGGACCACCUAGCGUUGCUAGUGGAGGAUCGAACGGGAGUGGAACAGGUAACGGAGAGAAAGGAGAGAGGGGUGAGCAGGGUCCACGUGGUUACAAAGGUGAUCUCGGUACCAAGGGUGAGAAGGGGGAUAAAGGUGAUAGUGGACCAUCUGGUCUGCCAGGAAUAAAUGGUGUACAGGGUCCCCAGGGUGAUAAAGGAGAGCCUGGAAAAGAUGGUUCCGGUGGAGUGCCAGGAACACCAGGAUCUAAAGGAGAUCGGGGCGAAAGAGGACCACCAGGUGCCACGACAAUUGCUGGUUCUGGCGAUUACGUUACGAUCAAAGGGGAAAAAGGUGCUGAAGGAAAGAGAGGUAGACGAGGUAGGCCAGGACCAAUGGGACCACCAGGAAAAUCUGGAAAUGCCGGUGAAAUAGGCCUCCCCGGAUGGCCGAACAAUUCACACAAGGGACGCCCUGGAACGCCUGGCAUUCCCGGUAGUCCAGGACCAGUUGGACCGAAAGGUGAUAAAGGUGAAGGCUGCCUAGUGAACGGGUGUAGCAGUGCAAAUGGAAUAAAAGGAGACAAGGGAGCUGAUGGAUUCCCCGGCUCUCCCGGCAGAGACGGACAGAGAGGACCUCCAGGACCACCCGGACCACCCGGCAUAUCACUCAUCGGGCAGAAAGGCGAGCCGGGUAUCGGACGUAGUCACAUGUUUGGAGACAGAGACUACUACGGCUCUCGCCAAGGAGCACGAAGUAGUCUCGAUGAGCUCAAAGUUAUUCGAGAGCUCAAGCAAUUGAAAGAAUUGAAAGAACACUUAGGCGCUGGUACAGCAUCAAGUAGAGGACCCACCGAAACGGCGACGAAAAUCGUACCUGGAGCUGUGACAUUCCAAAAUACCGAGGCAAUGACGAAGAUGUCGAGUGUUAGUCCAGUUGGUACUUUGGCCUACAUAAUUGAUGAAGAAGCAUUACUCGUUAGAGUCAAUCAUGGAUGGCAGUACAUCCCACUCGGAUCUCUCUUGCCGAUAACAACACCACCGCCACCACCAACUACAGUGCUACCCCCCGCCAAUCCACCCUUCGAGGCUUCGAAUCUAAUCAAUCAAAUACCCAUGAAGGCCGAUGGCACCGGGUGGUAUCCGAAAAUGUUGCGAAUGGCUGCUCUUAAUGAACCAAUAACCGGUGAUAUGCAUGGCGUGAGAGGAGCGGAUUACGCGUGUUAUCGACAAGCCAGACGUGCAGGCUUAAGGGGAACUUUCCGGGCAUUCCUAAGUUCGAGAGUACAAAAUGUCGAUAGUAUAGUUAGAUUAGGUGACAGGGAUCUGCCAAUAGUUAAUAUCAAAGGAGAUGUGCUAUUUAACUCGUGGAAGGAGAUGUUCAAUGGGCAUGGUGCAUACUUCUCACAAAAUCCAAGAAUUUACAGUUUCAACGGUAAAAACAUAUUGACGGAUUUGGCAUGGCCGGAAAAGAUUGUUUGGCACGGUUCCCACAAACUCGGUGACCGUGCAAUGGACACUUACUGCGAUGCAUGGCACUCUGGAAACUCUGAUCGCUAUGGAUUGGGAUCACCCAUCACCGGUGGUAGACUCUUGGAGCAAGUACGUUACUCAUGCGACAACAAAUUUGCACUGCUGUGUAUAGAAGUUACCAGUGAAUCAGCAAGAAGACGCAGAAGCAUUCAUGACAAUAUCAGUAACAACGAUAAUGCUGAUUUAUCCGAACAGGAGUAUCAGAGUUAUCUCGAUGAAAUUAUCAAUAACUAAUUUAAAUAUUUAUAUUAAUUUUAUAUGAUAUUUAAAUAUAGGAGCUACGAUGUCCAAAGUUCAAAACAGUACCACGAUAGAUUUUCUUUUUUUGGUAUCUUCAAUCAUUCUGCCAAAUUCAUGACGUAUGAAGAUAAGUGAAAUGGGGAGUUGAAUUAUUUGUUGAGAAUUUUGAGACAUUGGAAAGGCAGUAUAAUGCCACAAUCAUCAAGCAAGCUGAAUUUAAAAUAUAUAACGUCUCCAUGACAUACUCAUUGGGAAUUAUUCAAAAUAGCACAAAUUUCGUCAACUUCACUGUCAUAAUUAACGAUGUACGUCUGGAAUACAGAUAAUAUGGAGGAUUUUAUACUCCAAUGAGAUUGAAUAAUUAAUUCCGAAGAGGAUGCCAUAAUCUUCUCAAUUGUCGUUGAAAAACGAACGGUCUCGGUAUUGAUUUCAGAAUAACAUACAGAUGUUCAUUCAUCUGUUGUCAAAGUAAUGAAUCCUCGAAAGGUUGAAUAAUUAAUUGUGAUUAAUUGUGCAGUUUCGCCAUUGUAGAACGGUCUGUCCUCAUGAGAAGCUAGUAUAUCAGGAGGAAAAUUCAAAUAUAUCUCGAAUAUUACAUUUUGAAAUAUGUAUCUCGGAUUUGGACGCUGAUUUCACGUAUCUUAUUGCCAGCUGAAGUUAAAAAAACGUAAUUGAAAAAACUGAACCAAUUAUUUAUGAACGAAAAUACUUUAGGAAUUAUCUAUGCAUGAGUCUGAUGGAAUAAGGGAUGAAUCAAUCUCAUGUCCUUUCCAUCCUUCCGUGUUUUCCUAAGGGUGUUAAUCCAUUCUCUGAAAGUCAAACUUUUUCAUAUUCGCGAAAAACUGACAUUUUUUAAACUUAUAGGGAAACAUGUAAACCCAACAUUUCUGAUAAUCAAGAAAAAUGAGUUAUAGUAGCUUUGGCGAAAUCGAAUAAACAAUUUUGUUCUUCUACACGGGCUUCUAUAGGAUAUCUUUUCAAGUUAGUGCCCACGUGUUUUUCAAUUGCCAUUUUAUUUUACAUAGCCUUGGAGUCUUCAAAAAUUAUGAUUGUACAGUCAAAAAAACGUUGAAAAAACCUGAACAUUUUCAACGAGGGCUCCUCCCUAUUGGGUUUAUUUCCCAUAUUGGGGAUUGAACCCAAUAGGGAGGAAAUUGCAAAUCAAUAAUUUACACUAUCUAAUGGCUAUUCAGUCGUCAUUUGUCUCAGUAGCCAAUGUCUGUCCGAUCGUUAGUUGCCAUGAUAACUUAUCCAUUUACAAUUCCUCUCUAUCAGACUUAUUUCCUUUAUCAACACUCCGUUGCUCGCGAAAAAGUUACGGACGUCGUUGGUCGCGCCGUAAGUGCCGCAUCGCACCAGCAUAAAUCGACAUUAUGAUAAAUUUGAAAGAUCUAGGAAAAAUCUUGAAAAAAUCAAGAGUC